AUGUCAAAUCAUCCAUCAAGCAUCGCAGUCUUCAAAUAUCUGGUGCCAGUACUAGUUGCCCUUGUUGCCAUGAAGUAUCAAACGAAAAAUGAGGAUCCAUUUGAAGCACGCCCAAUAAACAUGUGGUGCUUCUGUAUAGCCAUAUGCAUCUACUGUCUUGCAAAGGGAAGAAGAAAUAAAAUUCAAAGUAGUGUUGCAAACUACUCACCAAUCAUAGACCAUGUUAUUCUCCUCUUUGGAGUUCUUGCUUCGGUCUCACUAAUAUCGGUCCUCCUCCCACGCAUCCCCGAGUUAUUGACUUUUGCUGUAAUACUAGUUGUGCUAAUAAUAGUAGCAUUGAAUAAACACAAGCGUGGGUGUUGUUGGCUCUGUGAUGGAAUAGCCAAUCUGGUUACCUACAUUCCCGAUAUUCUGAAUUGGUCCACCCAAAGCAACAUAGCAGCGCAGCCAAAUCCAUCUCCACAAGUAAAUGCUUCACUGGAUGAUCUGAAAAUAGCCUAUAGAAAAGAAGCCAUCAAGAACCAUACUGUCAAGGGUGGUUUUCCUGAAAAGAUGCAGUUUGUGUUGAAGUUGUUGAUGGGUCGUUAUAGAUCAGCGCCAUCAAUAUAUUUUCUCCGGGCUUCCUUUGGUGAUGGGGCAUUAGAAGGACAGAUGGUGGUUGAACCCCAGUGUGUUGCGUUUCUUAUGAAGUUUGAAUACAGAAUCCUGCCGGUGGUGUGGGAUGAGUCUCAGGAAGUCUGUUCAGCAAGGGAGAAUCGAUGCCUAUGCUGCUAUGGACAUGGAAUCGAACUUGUUCUGCCCAAGCGAGCUCCAAAACAAGCUCUGGAAGACUCCACCUAG